CCGAGCACUCUCACACAUCAAAGUCCUUCCUACUUCCCAUCCAAACGUACCAAAAGGAGAGAGAAAUAACCAUGGCUUAUUCGCUGGUCUCGACCGCAGUGGAUAAGUUGAACAGCAUCCUCCAAGAUGAGGUGGCUUUGUUGGUGGGUGUCACCGACGAGAUCGAAAAGCUUUCCAGUACAUUCACCUUGAUCCAAGCUGUGCUUAAAGAUGCUGAAACUAGGCAAUUGAAGGACAAAGCAGUGAAGAUCUGGUUGGAGAAGGUCAAAGACGUGGCCUACGAUGUGGAUGACAUACUAGAUGAGUGGAUGACAGAUGAUCUCAGAUCACCAGCAGCCGAUGAAGGUGAUGGGUCCUGUUUCAGCAAGAAGAGGUUAAGACGCUUCCUCUCCCCCGUUAAUUGUUUCAAUCAUGUCAAGUUACGCCACAAAAUUGGGAGUAAGAUAAAGGAAGUGAGGGGUAGAUUAGAUAAUGUCGCCAAAGAGAAGAGCCAAUUGAGUCUUACAGUAGGUCUGGAUGCUGAAGUGAGUUCAGGCAUGAUCAGAGAGCGAGAGACGAGCUUCCUACUCGACCGAUCAUCAAUUGUAGGCAGAGAAGAUGACAAAAAUGAAGUCGUAGACUUUUUGUUGAGUGGUGGAGAGGCAAAUGAGGUGUCCAUGGUCAUUUCUAUUGUUGGCAUGGGGGGCGUGGGCAAAACCACCCUUGCCCAGCUCGCCUACAACGAUGAAGAUGUCAAGGGGCAUUUCACCAAGAGAAUGUGGGUGUGUGUUUCAGAAGAUUUUGAUAUGAAACGGAUUACAAAAUCAAUCAUAGAAUCUGCAACUGGGACUGGUUGCGAGUCAUUAGACUUGGCCACAUUGCAGGAUCGCCUCUGUGGUAUGUUGGACGCAAAGCGAUUCUUGCUUGUGCUUGACGACGUUUGGAGCAAUGACAGCGAGAUGUGGGACAAGCUGAGACUUCCCUUCCAAGCUGGUGCACCUGGGAGCCGAAUCAUUGUAACCACUCGUAGAGAAGAUGUUGCACAGACAGUGGGAAGCACACGCAUGCACAAACUGGCAGUUUUAUCUAAUGACGAUUGCUGGUUCCUGUUCAGCCAUAGAGCGCUCGAGCAUCAGAGUGUCGAAGACCAUUCGGAAUUGGAAGAGAUUGGAAGGGAAAUCGUAAAGAAGUGUGGAGGGUUUCCUCUCGCAGCAAAGACAAUAGGGAGUGCCAUGCGGUCAAGAAGGACAAAAAGCCAAUGGAAGCUUGUCUUGGAAAGCGAGAUAUGGAACUCAGGUGAUGUCUUUGGAGGCAUUUUACCAGCUUUGUUGCUAAGCUACCAUGACUUGCCUUAUGCACUGAAGCAGUGCUUCUCAUAUUGCUCUGUUUACCCAAAAGAUUGGUGGAUUCGGAAGGAUGAGAUAGUCAAGCAAUGGGUGGCCCAAGGUUUCAUCCGCUCUGAGGGAAGUACAGACAUGGAGGAAAUCAGCAAACUGUAUUUUGAUGAUUUGUUAAGGCGUUCAUUACUCCAAGAUGCAGUAACAGGUAGUGAUGGAAUGACAGACUGGUGCAAGAUGCAUGAUUUAGUUCAUGAUCUUGCACAAUCUGUUGCAGGAAGUGACUGUUCAACUGUGGACAUCAAAAGGCAAGCUUCACUCAAGCUAUACAAUGUCCGUCAUUCUUUUUUAAUUGUCAGUGAUGAAGCCGGUGAUGAAGUGGCUUCCAUUUGGGGCACUUUCUAUAAGGCCCACAAGUUGCGGACGUUGUUACUCAAGUCAAGAAUCUUCAGGUUGCCAUUGCCUUUGGAUAGGACUCCCACUGACAUUAAGAUAUUGAGAGUUCCACAUGAUUUAUUUCAUCAUUUGAAUCGCCUUAGGACAUUGAAGUUGAGUGGCACUAGCAUUAAGGAAUUGCCUGGAACAGUAGGACAGUUGAAACACUUGAGACAUCUUGAUUUAUCCUACACAGGCAUAGAGGAGUUGCCAGAGGAGUUGAGUAAUUGCAUAAAUUUACAGGCCUUGAUACUCAAUCACUGCUAUGAGCUAAUAAAACUGCCCAGAGGGAUGAGGAAAUUGAUUAGCCUGAGACUUUUGGAAUUCGACAAUUAUAACCAUCUGAGAUAUUUACCACAGGGCAUAGGGAGACUAACUGCCCUUCGGAAGUUAACAAAGUUCAUUGUGGGGGAUGGCGAUGAAGGAUGUAAAUGCGGAGAACUGAAACACCUCAAUCAUCUUCAAGGAAAACUUAAAAUUACUGGCUUGGGAAAUGUCAGGAUCAGUGACGAAGCUAGGGAGGCAGAACUGGAUAAGAAGCAGGACAUUCAUGCUCUACACUUGUCGUAUCGCGGCGAAGGUGGUGAAUUGAAUGAUGAUGAGGUGAAGAGGAUGGAUGAUGUGCUCCAAAGCCUCCAGCCCCACACAAACUUAAAAGAGUUAAGAAUACGGAGUUACCAAGGUUCCAAGCUUCCCACAUGGUUAGAGGAUCCGGUGUUCUCCAAUCUAGUCACUGUCAAACUCCAGUUUUGUUAUAAGUGUGAACAAUUGCCGGGUCUUGGGAAACUACCGUCCCUUAAAUACCUUGAAAUUGAUGGAAUGGAAGAGGUGAUGUGUGUGAGUGGUGAAUUUACUGGGGAUAAUAACAAUGGCGGUGGUGGUGGUGGUGGUGGUGGUGGUGUCUUAUUCCCUAAGCUGGAGACCCUUUACUUCAAGAGAAUGCCAAAUUGGGAGGAGUGGGAAUUGAGAGGUGGAGAUGGACGGGUUUUGCCAUCACUCCUCCAAUUAGAAAUACGAAACCGCCGAAAGCUGAAGGCAUUGCACUGCAACCUUUUACCACUCCUCUGGAAGCUGACUUUGGAAGGAAUUAAUGACAGGAUGUUAUGGGGAGGGCCCUUACCCGUCCUCCCCAACCUUAACCAUUUGGUGAUUGGUUGGAUUAAUGAUCUGACAUCAUUACCUGGUGGUUGGUUGGGACAACUCAAAGCCCUCCAAGCUCUGGAGAUCUCCUAUUGUCCACAGCUGGAGUCUUUACCAGAGGAGUUGGGACAACUCGAAGCCCUCCAAACUCUGGAAAUCAAGUGGUGUCCACAGCUGGGGUCUCUACCAGAAGAGCUGCAACGCCUCACCAUGCUUCAAAAUUUGUAUAUCAUCGGGUGUCCAGUCCUAGAAGAGCGCUGCUGAGAUGGAGGAGAAGAUCGGGACAAGAUUGCACACAUUCCUCUUAUAAAAUUAAGCUAUUGGUGACAUACUAAAGAGGUGGAAAGGAAAUCGAGGGCAGC